GGGCGGCGGCGGCGGCGCGGACGAUGCGCGGCUCUCCCUGAGCGGCCGCCGCCUCUCGCCGCGGGGAUGAGCGCCUCGGCGGCCACCGGCGUCUUCGUCCUCUCCCUCACCGCCAUCCCCGUCACGUACCUCUUUAACUGCCUGGCGGCCGGCGGCAGUUCCUGGUCAAUUGUAGCAGUUGGAUUGCUGGUUCUGGUUUUUAUUGCUCUGUUGGCUCGUGUUCUUGUCAAAAGAAAACCACCAAAAGAUCCGCUGUUUUAUGUUUAUGCUGUAUUUGCCUUUACCAGUGUAGUGAAUCUAAUAAUUGGGCUGGAACAAGAUGGAAUUAUUGAUGGAUUCAUGACUCAUUACUUGAGAGAGGGUGAACCAUAUCUGAACACUGCGUAUGGCCACGUGAUCUGCUAUUGGGAUGGCUCUGUUCAUUAUCUGAUGUAUCUUUUGAUGGUGGCAGCUAUUGCUUGGGAACAAAGCUAUAGAACCAUUGGCCUUUACUGGCUGGGUUCCAUUUUCAUGAGCAUCAUUGUCUUUAUGCCUGGAAACAUUGUGGGAAAAUAUGGAACAAAAGUGUGUCCUGCUUUUUUCUUGAGUGUGCCAUAUAUUUGCCUUCCCAUAUGGGCUGGGUUCCGAAUUUAUAACCAACCUUCGGCGACUCAUGACACUCCAGUCAAGGUGAUUCAGGAAGUUCAGAAGAAAGGGCUCCUAAGACGACCGAUAGAUCUAAUGUUAGCUGCCUAUCUCAUUCUAGCAGCGGGGUUUUGCAUAUUUAGGGGCAUGAUUGCUCUGGAUUGCCCUGCUGAACUCUGCCGGCUAUAUAUUCAACUUCACGAGCCUUAUAUAAAAGAUCCUGCUGCCUAUCCUAAGCUUCAGAUGCUGGCAUACAUGUUCUACUCCGUGCCAUACUACGUGAUUGCUUUGUAUGGCCUACUGGUGCCUGGUUGUUCCUGGAUGCCUGAUUUAACCCUUAUACAUGCUGGAGGACUAGCUCAGAACGUCUGUCUGCUGAUCGCUGAUGCCAAACACGAUGUCCCUGGGUAGGUGGCUGCUAGUCCCGCCCCCGCCGCUGGGCUGAGACUCGGUGCCGCUCCGGGCAGCGAUGCACGCCUCGGUGGCCGCUUGCCUGGGGAAGGAUUGUGGAGCCCGGUGCAUGAAUCAUCAUCCAUAAGCCGAGGGUGAAAUCCUACACCCGAUGUAAAGAUCAGUACCACCGUGUGCAUAAAGCACACCUCCUAGCGUGACGCCGAUAGUUCCCUUUCUGCCUCUUAUACCGAGUUAUGAAUGACCUUAGUUCAGAGUGAAGUUCCUUUCACUGCCAUGCAAAAAUAUGAAGGAUAAUUCAGGAAUAAAAGGGCUGGCUGGGAAAAUGUCACAGGAGAUGCAUACUUGCAUGCAGAAUAUGCUGUCUUUCCAAAAUAUUCAUCAACUUUACCUUUUUUUUUUCCCUAUAUACACAUUAUAUACACACCGCAGGCUCAGUUUUCCCAUAUUGGUGCUUCUCUUCAUGCUCGAACUCCUUACAUCUACAGAGUCCCUGAAGAAGCAAAACAGUUUUUUCUGGUAUUGAACGUAAUGUAUGGGAUUCUUCCCCAGCUGCUGGCUUAC